GCACCAGGAAACAGCCUGAGAGCUGGACUCAGUCCCUUCUCUUCCCAGCUCAUCCCUGCUCGCUGUCCCAACCCAAGGUCAACACCCCCCCCCCCGCCCUUUAAACUAUUCAAGUCGGAGGGGGGCAGUGCCCACCGUUCGCCAGCCCCUUGUCGGGGCUUUUCUCUCUCCCCCCGCCACCCAACUCCAUACCAUACAAGCGGCGAGUGAUGUCUGAACAGAGCCCGCUCCACACAGCCCGCUGCCUGGCCGCUGCUGCCGCUCCAGCUCCAGCUCCCAGAGCCAAGCUCACCCAUCCUGGCAAAGCCAUCCUGGCAGGUGGGAUUGCAGGAGGUAUUGAAAUCUGCAUCACCUUCCCCACUGAGUACGUGAAGACACAGUUACAACUGGAUGAAAAGGCAAAUCCACCGAGGUACAAAGGAAUAGGUGACUGUGUGAAACAGACGGUGCAAGGCCAUGGGGUAAAGGGGCUUUAUCGUGGUUUGAGCUCGCUGCUGUAUGGUUCUAUUCCCAAGGCAGCAGUCAGGUUUGGAACGUUUGAGUUCCUGAGUAACCAGAUGCGUGAUGCCCAGGGCAAACUGAGCAGCCAGCAAAGUCUCUUGUGCGGACUGGGAGCGGGCGUCUUCGAGGCUGUGUUAGUCGUCUGUCCAAUGGAGACGGUGAAGGUGAAGUUUAUCCAUGACCAGUGUUCUCCGCAGCCAAAAUACCGAGGAUUCUUCCACGGCGUCCGAGAGAUAGUGCGUGAGCAAGGAUUGAAAGGUACAUAUCAGGGGCUGACAGCAACUAUUCUGAAGCAGGGAUCGAACCAGGCCAUCCGAUUCUUUGUCAUGACCUCACUGAAGAACUGGUACAAAGGGGACAACGCAGCCAAGGAGAUAAACCCUCUGGUUACGGGCUUGUUUGGAGCACUAGCUGGAGCUGCCAGUGUGUUCGGGAACACCCCCCUCGAUGUUGUGAAAACCAGGAUGCAGGGUUUGGAAGCUCACAAAUACAGCAGCACCUGGGACUGUGCUUUCAAAAUAAUGAAGUAUGAAGGCCCCUUGGCGUUCUACAAAGGGACCGUUCCACGCUUAGGUCGAGUUUGCCUGGAUGUUGCCAUCGUUUUCAUCAUCUAUGAAGAAGUGGUGAAGGUACUGAACAAGAUUUGGAAGACAGACUGAAGUCAUUGGGGGAAUUUGGGGUGGAGAGGGUGGUGAGGGAGACCACUGCCAUGGAAACCAGAAGGGUGGGAUGGGGAGGGUGGGUAGCAGGUGACCACGAGAAGGACAACUGGAUCUCAGCAGGAAGAGGGGCAACGUACACAUUUAGAAUCGGCACAACUCAGGAGGAUGAUUCCCUCAGUUUGUGUUGCCAAGCAACGUACUAUUUAGUCUGUGAGCCAAUCACACCGGGCAACAGAAAGAGUUAAAUUAUUAAUGUAGCCAGAUGACCCGUGGCCUUGUUAAUGUAUUACGUGCCAAUAACUGGUGAUGCCUGUUUGAAUAUUUUUAUUUUAUUUGUGCCAAAGUGACUGUCGUCUUUUUAAUGUCCUUUUUAUUAUUGUGAGAAGGGGUUUAAAAGAUAAAUAACUAAUAGUUUUAAGUGCCUACAGACCGUGAAACACAAACAGUCUGAACAAAACAGUACGGAGGUCUCAUUGGCAAGGGGUGGGGGUUGGGGGGGGUGGGGGCGGAGAUCAUGUGACCACGAGAACAGUUGCUGUGGAUCAUGGGUAUUCAUUGUAGAGGCCUUGCGUAUCCCAAACAGCAUGAAGCCAAGGCAAUUAAGAUGGAGUUAUAUUGCAGAUCAGCCAUGAUCUCAUUGAAUGGUGGAACACUUGAGGGGCUGAAUCUAAUCCAUGGCCAUAGGCUCUUGCCAUCCUGUGAAGAUGCAACGCCCAUUUCACCUUAUUGUUAUUACUCUGCCGAGUCAAACUCUUUCAGUUGUUCUAUUGUUGUUAAUUUGUCAGUCUCUUAGCCUGAAGGAGUGGUUCCUUCUGUGAAUGUAAAUUAAUUUGUGAUAGGGCUGUGGGUGUUGAGGGGUUAAUGUUUAAUUUUGUAAUUGGCCUGAAGACCCCAAGACCUUAAGGAGGCCACAAAGCCAGGACCCCCCCUCCCCCCGCCCCCCACCCCAACUCUAAAACUUACUGUCAACCCAAACUGUGUACCCUAACAUUAAUAGGAAGGGGAACAUUCUAACCUCGUGGCUCUUAAGAUGUGUAUAGCAGAAUCCAUCUGAUUCACUAAUGUCCUUUAGGGAAGGAAAUCUGCCAUCCUUAUCUGGUCUGGCCUACAUGUGACUCCAGACCCACAGCAAUGAGGUUGGCUCCUAAAUGCCCUCUGAAAUGGCCUAGCAAGCCACUUGGUACUCAAGGGCAGUUAGGGAUGGGCAAUAAAGGCUGGCCUGGCCAGCGAUGCCUUCAUCCCAUGAACAAAAAAAAAAGUUUUGCAAUUCCAUAGAAAUUGGAAAUUCCUUGGAAUCCACAAGCGGUGACACCACCAAUGAUGUCCAUUACCCACAAGGCAAUGCAUUGCUACUUCAUGUCGACCCUCCUGAGAGGCUUGUUGCAAAGAAGCGCCACGUGGUACAGAACCCAAUUUGUCUGGAAAGGGGAGGGGUGGGGCCGCAGGUAGUCCAUUUUCAGUGCUGGCUGAGGUGGCUGCAAGGGCCUCUGGAACACUCCUGCCAUCUGCUUAGCAUACCUAGCUUUUACCACUGAGCCAAUAGGAAAUUAAAUUUGAUGAAUUAAGUAAAGCUGGAAUAAAAAGCAGACAGCAGUAAUGGUGACCACGUAACUAUUGGAUUAUCAUUAAAAACCCACCUGCUUUGCCAGUGCCCUUUAGCGAAGGAAAUCUGCCAUCCUUACCCAGUCUGGCCUACACGUGACUCCAGACCCACAGCAAGGUGGUCGACCUCUUAGCUGUCCUCUGAAAUGGCCUAGCCAGCCAAUCAGCCACUUUCAAGAAGGGGGCUUGUCACUGCUUUCUCAAGGGUAAUUAGGGACGGUCUGUAAAUGCUGGCCUUGCCAGUGAUGUCCACAGCUUGUGAAUGAUUUCAAAAAAUAAGCAAAAAACAUUUUUAUUUAUUUUGCUAAAACGCUUGUGUGAGAAGAUGCUGCUCCAAUAGAAAUGUGUCACAAACUGGCAAUGAACAGGUAUGAAUUACCCAACCCCUUCACAUCUCUCUCCUCUCAAUGUUGUGUAGUUUGUUCUAGGUGUGACCUUUUAUUGUCGUAAUUGCGAUGUUAUAUUGUUAUUUCUCAUAGUCUGGGCAAUGUUUACAAUAUGAUGUAUUAAUAAUAAUAAAUUAACCGUGCACUAAU